AUGGCGACUGUUAAAGAGCGGCUCAUAAACUUACUGAAGGACCUGUCCAGAGAUGAUCUGAAGGAGUUUCAGUGGCACUUAGAAAACGAUCAUGUGUGUAUAUCAAAGUAUGAAAUGGAGAAUGCAGAUAUGUUUAAAACAGUGGAUAAGAUGGUGGACUGUUUUGGACCAGAAAAAGCUGUAAAGACCAUGGUCGGCAUCCUGAGGAAGAUGAACCACAAUCAUCUGGCUAAGCAGCUGGUUAUGCCAGAUGACAGUAUUGAUUACACAGACACCAGCCACAGACUGAAGAACAAAUUAAAUAACGACUACAACCGGAUAUUGGUCGGAAAUUCUCACACGGGUCACCGGGAAUACCUGAACGAUAUUUACACUGAUUUAUAUGUGGUGGAGAAUGAGACUGGAGGAAGAGUGAACGAUCACGAGGUGAUACAGAUCCAAUCAAAUCACAGCCGAUUGACUGCCAAGGAGAUGCCAAUCAAGUGCAAAGACAUGUUUAAAGUCCAGUCUGACACGGGUCGACAAAACAGAAAAGUGCUGACAAUGGGGAUCACAGGAGGGGGAAAAACGUUCUCUGUUAAUAAAUUCAUCCUUGACUGGGCUGAAGGAAAAGAAAAUCGUGAUAUAGUCUUCAUAUUUCCACUUCCAUUCCGUAGACUGAAUUUGAUUAAAAAAGAGUACAGUCUCAUAGGACUGCUUAACAAAUACUUCUUUAACAGUCCUGAAGAACUGACCUCUCUUCCUGACGAUGAUGGUAAGGUCAUGUUCAUCUUUGAUGGGCUGGAUGAAUGUCGCUUCCCUUUGAUCUUUCAAGAGGAUGACAGCUUUACAGAUAUUUAUGAAAAAACAGCAGUGAGUAACAUAAUAACAAACCUGAUCAAGAGACAUCUGGUUCCCUCUGCUCGCAUCUGGAUCACAUCCAGACCAGCAGCAGCCAGUCUGAUACCCCGAGACUACAUCGAUCAGGUGACCGAGGUGCAAGGAUUCAACAAUGAGGAGAAAGAGGAAUUCUUCAACAAAAACAGUCCUGAGCUUGCUGGAAACAUCAUUCAUCACAUCAGGAAAUCCAGGAGUCUGUACAUCAUGUGCCACAUCCCCAUCUUCUGCUGGAUCUCUCUCACUGUUCUUGAGCCUCUACUGGCUCGAAAGAGCAAUGACAGAAUACCCACAACUCUGACAGGCAUGUACACAAACUUCUUACUUACUCAGCAACAACAGAUGGAAAAAAAAUACAGUGAUAAUUCUUUUGAAGAGAUUAUUCUGAAGCUUGGGAAACUGGCCUUUCAACAGCUGGAGAAAGGAAAUCUGAUUUUCUACAGAGAAGAUCUUGAGGAGUGUGGACUGGAUGUAAGUGAAGCAUCAGUGUACUCUGGGUUAUGCACUCAGAUGUUUCAGGAGGAAAAGGUUCCUACAAGAAACGUUUACAGCUUUGUACAUCUCAGCAUCCAGGAAUUCCUUGCUGCUCUCUAUGUGUUUUUGAUUAACAAAGACAAGAAAGCCAAUCCAUUUCUUGAAUCCUGGAAAAAGAAACUGUCAUGGAAAGUGUCCAAAAAGACACUGUUUAAACUUCAUAAGGCUGCAGUUAAGAAGGCUUUACAAAGUGAGAACGGACACUUGGACCUUUUCCUCCGGUUCCUCCUGGGUCUCUCACUGGAGUCCAAUCAGAGUUACCUGAAGGAGAUAGUACCAGGACUGAAGCUCAAAGCAGAGAGUGUCAAAGACACCGCUGACUAUAUCAAAAAGACUAUAGAGAAGGAGGAAUCAGUAGAGAGGACCAUCAAUCUCUUCCACUGUUUGAGUGAACUGAAAGAUGACUUUGUGGAGGAAAUACAGAAGAAUCUGCUCUCAGGAAAUCUUUCAGCUCAGAAUCUCUCCUCUGCUCAGUGGUCGGCUCUGGUGUUUGUGCUCCAGAUGUCGGAAGAGACUCAAGAGAAGUUUGAACUGCAGAAAUACAGAAGAUCUGAUGACGCACCGAUGAGACUGCUGCCAGUGAUCAAAAACACCAGAAGAGCACUGUAA